AUUCAGUCUUCUUUCAUCCCUCUUCUCAGCUCGUGUUGUGUGUGUGUGCUCAUAGUCGACCGGGUGAGGGGAAAACUUCAUAAAAAUCAUGCUCGGAUUACGUUCAACCAGACGUGUCCAACUUAUCAUCUUCGUAGGGUUCUGUACCCUGGCCAUCACCUUGUUACUGAACUCGACAUCUCAAUCCGUUCGCGCAAAGCUUUCGAGUUUUCUGCCUGGAAAUAGUUUCGACGGUGCCGGUGAGGCAAGUCGAACACCACCCGAACCUCCGACAUGGGAUAGUCUUCAAGAAUGGGAAGCUUCACUUCCGCAGCAUAACCUAGACUUGCCGUUUCCUGAAGGAAGGGAAGGGAGAUAUGUCAAAUUUUCGAAUCAGGUGAGGGAGUUAGGGUGGAAUAAUGUCCUAAAUGAACUGUUGAUGAACGCUCAUCUGGCAUACAUCUCUAACCGUACAUAUGUCUUCCAAGACUAUUACUGGAAAAAAGACUACUACACCUGGCCGAGCUCAACAUGGCGCACCGAUCCACCGCGAACGCCUCUAAAUGCCCUUAUCUCAGGUCCUGCAGCGGGCGGUCCCUUCGAGCCUAACGAUCCCUCACCCCGUGCGGUCUCUGAAAACUUUUUCGACGUCGUUUGCCCCGGUAACAAGCGGAAACUUCUCUAUACCGAAGACAUCAAACCCAAAAUCGGAUGGGCAUCUGGAAUUGAUAUUCUCAAUUCCUGGGCCAAGAUCCUCCGAGAUGAACCGGCGAAAUGCAUAGAAAUCAUACCCGCAGACGAGGCUUUCGAUCAAUUUCCCCAAACGUUUGAUUUAUGGCUGUGGGGAUCGGACCGUGUUCUUUCGUUAUGGGAACCGUUCAUUCAAAGCCCCAUUUCCAGACUCCUCGAAACUUCACCCGUUGUGAACAGUGCGAUUGACGCCAACGAGCACCUCUUCUUUCCUAGGGGAUCACGGUUACCGGUUUCAGGCGGUGCCAAGGUUAUAGAUACUGGUUCUGAUUCUGGCUGGCCCAAGAACCCAUUUUCGCGCGUCAUGGCAGUACAUGUCCGUCGGGGAGACUUCAAGGAAGCUUGUGAACGUCUUGCAUAUUACAACUCCACGUUCUAUAGCUGGAACCUUCUCCCAGACCUUCCGGAUCCGUUCAGUGUCCCUCCCAGCGUGAGAUGGAACACAGACGAGUACAACCAACUCUACCACGAGAGAUGUUUCCCGGAAACUGAAGCUAUGAUAAAGAAGAUCAGGGAGUCGAGGGAUACCUUCGUCAAGUCCUUUGACGGGCAAGAUGUUGUGUUGGAAACGCUGUACCUCCUGACCAACGCAAAAGGGGAGUGGUUAGCUGCCUUGAAGGAAGAGCUGGAGAGAGACGGAUGGCAUACCAUCGUGACAAGCAGGGAUUUGGUUCUGAACGCAGAGCAGAUGGAUGUCAACAUGGCGAUCGACAUGGAUCUCGCGAGAAGGGCUGCGGUGUUUAUUGGUAACGGGUGGUCAUCAUUUACUAGCAAUAUUGUCCAUCGAAGACUUACGGACGGGAAUAAGCCAAUCAGUGUACGCUUUUGGUAGCGUUAGCCUGUAGAGGCUGCGACCGUGUUAGAUCAAUGUAUCGUCGGAUUUAUUAUUGGGAUAUAGACUAUAGCUUAAGUACGAAGAAGACAGUGUUGUGACAACUAGAUUACUUGUAUUCACAAUCCCAAACCGCUAUCACCUCCCC